UACCGGAGUCUCCUGCUUCAAACCGAAGAAACUCACAUCUGUCUAACUUCUCUUCUGGGAUCAGCCGUUUGAGAUUAUCUCCAGAUGUACACGAGGUGCGGAAAAUGGGAUUUUACCAUCCGCUAGUUGUGUGAUUCGAUUUGUUUCCUCUAUAUGACUAUAUAACAAUAUCAAGCGUGUGCGGCUGUUCUGGCGUUAGACCAAAACAGGAAAAAGCGAAAUGUUUACGUGGAAAUGCGAAGGUUAACUCAAGUGGCGCAAAGUGCGCAAGAUAGCAGUGAUUUUCCCACGCCUCAAUAUAUUCCUUCAAAGCAUUUCACCAUCGUCAUGGGCAAGAGUUGUGAUUUCUGAGAAAAGGGGAACAAUUUACUAGGGCGAUGUUGACGAAGACGGACGGUGUCUGGCCGAGAAACACGAGUGCGCCGCCAUCACCGUGAGGAGGAUGCUGAUUUUUUUUUCUGGUGUGUGGUUUGAGAAAAUUGAACGGGAGCGAUGAUAACGAUGAAAAUCCGCACCUGGUGGAGAAUUAUGUCGAGGAUAAUGGAAAAAUUACCGGUGCUUAAGCAGUGGUAAAUAUUUGCUAUGGAGUGAAAAAAAUACCAGUAAAUCAAAUUAAAAGAGUGCAUAAUUUUCCAUUAUCGCAACAUUGGAUGAAAUAAUGAAGAACCAACCAGUUAUAUUCGACUGUUUCAAAACGGCAUAUGGUUGAUUUAUGCUCGAGUUCGCAAAUAAUUACACAAGAACGGAAUAUAAAAUAUCCGGCAAAUGUUGUUUUAACAAACCAAAACAUCAGUGCCAGGAAUAACACGAAAACACGUUUCUACAACGUCAACAACAUGCAACAGUGAAUGUGCUUUCGGUGUAAAUAACGCAAUUAUCGUGUUUUGGUCCUGGGAACGAGCCGGUGAGGGCUGUGGUGAAGUCGUCACUAUCGAGCAGACCGCGCGUCACAUCUAACUGCGAUAUGGACGCUGGGUGCUGCUCCUCUGCGAUCUCCAAAAUUACGUCGAUCGUUCACGAUUCAAAACUAAUACAUGGAUUAUAAAUCCCGAUAAAUCGUCAACAAAACACAUUAAAGAGAGCCAUUCGCAUCAACAAACAACGCAGAAGCCUACUGUGUACGCCGUGCCCGUAAAUAACCGCCAACCGGCUGUAGCCUACUAUGCUGUCUGCGUUGAGAGCGGCCAACAAUGAAGCAACGGCAACAGAACCGUCGUCGAGGGCAAACGAGCAACGUCUAGUGGUUUACUUUGGUGUUUCGAGACCAGAACAGUGAGAAUAAUGUGUAGAGAAUGGCAAUUGUAUCAGUGAUACCGGUGAUCAACAUUACGAACUCUAGUGACAAUGGUGCGAAUGGUACGAACGCAACUGUCGAUAUCGGCGGUGGAGGUGGAGGUAGUGGCCUCGGGGGAAGAGCAGGAGACAUUGACGGUGGGGGCGGGUGCCCCCGACAGGAUGAAAUCCUGUACCCCAGUAUAUUUGGAAUUGACCUAGCGGUGCCACAAUGGGAAGCCAUUGCAACCGCACUCGUACUGACGCUUAUUAUCAUCAUUACCAUCGUUGGCAAUGUGCUCGUAAUAUUGAGCGUGUUCACGUACAAGCCGCUAAGGAUAGUGCAGAACUUCUUCAUUGUGUCACUGGCAGUAGCAGACCUGACGGUGGCUAUCCUGGUUCUCCCGUUCAAUGUGGCCUACUCGAUACUGGGCCGAUGGGAAUUUGGCAUCCACGUAUGCAAAAUGUGGCUUACCUCGGAUGUCCUGUGCUGUACAGCUUCGAUUCUAAAUCUGUGUGCAAUAGCAUUAGAUAGGUAUUGGGCCAUUACCGAUCCAAUUAAUUAUGCUCAGAAACGUACCUUGGAGCGGGUGCUGGCAUUGAUUGCCGGUGUGUGGAUACUGUCGUUGGUGAUCAGCUCUCCACCGCUGAUCGGCUGGAACGAUUGGCCGGAGCCGGAAAAAUUCUCUAGCGAGGUCCCGUGUCAAUUAACAAGCAAUCAAGGUUAUGUCAUCUACUCGUCGCUAGGAUCAUUCUACAUCCCAUUGAUCAUUAUGACUAUUGUAUACAUCGAAAUUUAUAUAGCCACCCGAAGGCGCCUCCGGGAACGAGCCCAAGCGUCCAAAAUCAACACGUUAGCUAGUAGGUGUAUCGGCCAAAGUGAAAAAGACACUGGUUUGAACCAACCGGACCAGGAAUCAAUUAGCAGUGAAACCAACCACAACGAACAUCCGCACAAUAGCAGCAGUAGCAGUAGCAAUGAACACCGUUCCCAAAGGAAGCGGAAGAAGAAAGCCAAAGAGAAAAGGGAAGCGAAAGAAGCGGCGAAGCGUGCCAAGCAAAAUCAACUCCGGUUAGCCCUGCGGGAUGAAGAUUCCGUUACGGAGUGCCCGGAAAAUUCGUCCAUCAGCGCGAAAGCAAACUGUGAUAUUAAAUCAGCCACCGGUCCCAACGGGAUGGCUGCAACCGGUGCGGCGGAUGGGGACGAUACCGCCGCCACCACCAACGGUGACAAGAAGCCACUACAGCAAAAGGCUACAACUUCGACGGAUACACGAGCCCGAACGAAACAAUCGUUUCGAAGGCCCGGCGGCAUUAAUCAGUUUAUUGAAGAGAAACAGAAGAUUUCGCUUUCGAAGGAAAGGAGGGCGGCCCGGACGCUCGGCAUCAUCAUGGGGGUGUUUGUGGUCUGCUGGCUGCCUUUCUUCCUCAUGUACGUAAUCCUGCCGUUUUGUCCAAGCUGUUGUCCGACGAACAAACUAAUUAACUUUAUCACUUGGCUAGGGUACAUCAACUCGGCUUUAAAUCCUAUUAUUUACACGAUAUUCAAUUUGGAUUACAGGCGAGCAUUCAAAAGAUUGCUCGGAAUCAAACAGUAG